AUGGCGGAUCAAUGGCAAGAUAGUAGAAUAUCGAGAGCUCAAGUGCAAGACGAUGACGAUGAUAUUCCCGAUGAUUGGGAGGAUGAACCUCAAGAAAAACCGAAAAAGCCCGAAAUUGACGACAAACCUAAAGCACCGACGAAGGCUCCACCCACAACAAAGAAUAAAAUUGGUAAGAAAAAGUAUGCUGGUGAUGAUCGCGCGAGUGAUGAAGAAUUCCGGGAAUCUCUAAGAGAACCAAAUCGACAAUAUACAGCUGAAGAAUUGGAAGAAUUUGACAAACGUUCUGAAUUGCGUAAAGAAGAAUUAAAAUUGAACAUGGCAUCAGACUUUAUUGGUGCAGGCGGUGAACAGAAUUCAUUAGAUAAUAUCAAUUUAGUAACAGAAGAAGAAUUUCGUGAUUACAGUUUUCGUCUAUACAAUCGUCUAAAUCUUUUGUCGAAAUCGGAACAUUAUCCAGAAUUUCUCGAUCAUUUACUGCAAGGUUUAUCACAAUCGAUGUCACUCGACAAUGUGAAGCGUAUGUCAAAGACUGUACAAGGUAUUUUACUCGAAAAGCAAAAAGAACGUGAGAAAAACAAGCCCGGCUCGAAAAAAACGCUGAAACCUCAGGUGAACGAUGAUCGAAGGGCUGUAUACGAUUCUUUUCUCGGUGACGGCAUCAGCGCUGGUACUGUUGAUGCUGAAUAUGACGAAGACAAUGAUUUUAUGUAA